AUGCAAUCUAAUGCAAAACGUCGAUUUGUGGAUGCAUAUUUGAAUGAGGUGGGAGAUAUGCGAAAUAAGGUGAAUCGUUUACAAUUGUAUGAAAUUAUAAUCUCCGCUGGCAAAGAUUUAUUGAUGUCUGAUCUGGGAGAUACAGUUACCAUUACUCAUUUCGAUCUGAAUAUGCUACUAUGUCUGAGCGCAUUUGAGCAUAUCGCGGUGGCGGAAAAUCUUUCUCGGCAGACUCAGCAACCAAAAAUGACCCGCUACGAAACAUAA